CGUCAAAUACAACACAAGUAUGGAAGUAGAAAGAAAAUAUCUCCACAAAUCAAAGAGCAGGGGAAACCGAGAGAGAAAGGCAUAAAAUUUGAAGCGAUUCUUCAAGAAGAGAGACGCCCAAUAUGCGAACCAGUCUGGGAAAAGUAGUGAAAUUGUUCCCCCAUAGAUUUCGUCGUCUUCUUCUUCUCCAUCUUCUAUUCGCUUGCUUUUCUUCACCGGUUCUUCCUCAGCUAGAUCAGGGUGUAGAUCAAUUUUCGUCAAGGACUCUUGACCAAGAGCAGUCAAGUGUUCAUGAAGUUCAUUGCUCGAGAGAGAGAAGUCGAGCUGCGUGGAAAGUCUUAGAAGAGUAUUUGCAUCCAUUUCUGGAACGUGAAAACUAUGAGCUCUCAACAGCAUGUAGACUGCAUCCCAGUAACGACAUUUUCAGAGAUCAGGAGGAACACAAGAUUCAUGUAGACAUAAAUGAUUGGCAAUGUGGAUACUGCAAAAAAGUUUUCCGGGCUGAAAAAUAUAUGGAUCAACAUUUUGAUAACAGACAUUUUAAUCUUCUAAAUGUUAGUCAUAGCAAGUGUUUGGCAGAUCUGUGUGGAGCACUGCAUUGUGACCUGGUGGAUGAGUCAAAACCUCUGAAGACCAAAUGCAACCCUGCGGCUGCUGCAAGGAAUCGCCAUUUGUGUGAGAGUCUUGCAAACAGUUGUUUUCCCAUAAACCAGGGUCCCAAAGCAACUCGUCUCCAUGAGCUAUUUUUGCGCCAAUUCUGUGAUGCCCAUUCUUGCACCGGCAAGAAAAAACCUUUUCCUAAAGGAGGCAGAAAGCAUACAAGUAUAUUCUAUAUAGCAGCUUCAGUGUUGACUUUGAUGCUUCUCCCUAUAUUCUACCUACUUGUUUACCUCUAUCAAAGAGAAAUGAGAAAGGGAAUGCAAGACUUCAAGCGCAUCUCCAAAGCCGGAAGAAAACCAAAGCCUUCGUAGCUGUAAGAACGAAGAAGUUAAAGGGACUUUGUUGUAACAUUCACACACGCAUCCGAGUAAUAUUUUUGUUUGAGGUAUUACAGUUGAGAUUGUGAUAGGCUAAUUCUUUUCGCUCUUGCUUGGUGUCAUUCAGUGAGAGGGCUUUUGUGUGUUGUAACAUUCAAAAAAAUUCUCAUCAUUUAUGGUGUCAAAAUUUAGAAAGUAUGGACUAGUUUUCUUACUGUGUGCUCUCUGAUCAAAUAUUUUUCAAUCUUUACGCAUAUUUGGCUUAGGUGUCGUUUGGUAGACUGCAAUAACGUGUAAUGUAGUCG